AUGUCUUCAUACGAUGGUAUCGUCUACUCCAUUCCCCCACCUCCAGGAAUUACCCCAAAUUCGCAGGCCCCAUAUCAUGCAGCCGGACUCGUGGUGGUUAUAUGCGUCUUCGUUCCUCUGGCUAUAAUAGCGGUUUCCGUUCGGACUUUCACUAGAUCUAGAAUUGUUCGAAUCUUUGCCGCUGAUGAUUUACUCGACUAUGGACUAGGAAAGCAUCUGUAUGAUGUGCCACUUGACGAUUUAUAUCCCAAUUUUUUAAAGAUUAACGUCAUUGCUGCUAUGCUUUUCUGUGCUGCCACUGGCAUGGCAAAGACGUCCGUUCUUCUCUUCUACCGACGCAUAUUUCCCUCUCGGAAGUUUCACGGUGUAAUCUGGUGUCUGGUUGCAUUCACAUUUUGCUAUUCGUCUGCAAGUGUUCUGGCAAACCUAUUUAGCUGCCGUCCAAUAUCUGCAUCUUGGGAUAUCCAAUAUGCAGGAACAGCAAAAUGUAUUAAUAGGCCUGUGUUUUAUUUUGCGCAGGCAGGUUUGGGCAUUGCAACGGACUUUGCAACUGUCAUUGCACCUCUUCCAAUGAUGUGGAACCUACAGAUCCCUAUCAGGCAAAAAAUUGGGGUUGCGGGUAUCUUGAUAAUGGGAAGCUUUGUCUGUGUCGUUAGCAUCAUCCGCCUAAAGUCUUUAUACGUACUGCUCAAGGGCACUGACCUCACCCUCGACACAGUCGAUGCCCUGCUCUGGUGUGUUAUUGAGCUUAACCUCAGUAUCGUCGGUGGAUGCGCCCCGACCCUAAGACCAUUUAUGCGGAAAUAUUGUCCCAAAGUAUUGGGAAGUUCGGGGCGCAUGUACGGUAGUGGAGAUGCGCAUCACGGAAAAGGCCAUUCAUACCCUCUUAAAAUUCAUGACAAGUCAACUCCGGCAACAAAAGAUAACAAAUCGCGACUAGUAAUCCCGGGUGGUAGUACAGUUACGGGCGAGAACGAAAGCGAGGAAUUCAUCAUUGGACAAAAAAGCAACUCACGAGACGAUUCAGAGUAUGGAGGAAUAGUUAGGACUGUAGACUUUGGAUACGAAGAGGGGGUUGAACCAAAAGAGAGAUAA